UCAGUCCACGACUCGCCUCCGAGUCCACCGUCCCCCACCUCCCCUCCCCCGUACGGCCCCGAUCCGCCGCCGAUGGCCGGCCGCCACGCGCCCCACCUCCGCCUGGCUGUGCCGCCGCGCCUCUCCGCGCACCCCUCCUUCCGCUUCCCCUCCACGCCCCUCCCCACCCCAUCAAAAGCUCGCGGCCUCCCCUCCUCCUCCACUCCCUCGUCCCCGUAUGCCGCCGCGCUCCUCCGCCUCCUCGCGCUGCACGCGCUCUUCCUCCUCGCCCCGGCCGCCCGCGCGCUCCCCUCCCUUCCUCACCUCCUCGCGCUACCCCCGCUCCUCGCGCUCCUCUCCGCCGCCGCGCUCCUCCUCUUCCAUUUCGCCGCCGCCGCCGCCGCCGCCAAGAACCACCACCAGCCGCACCACCCGUUUCCGGCGCUUCCGGCCCUCCUCCGCCCCGCGGUCAUCCUCGCACUUUCCCUCCUCCUCCGGAUCGUCGCCCUCUGGCUCCUCCCUUCCCCGGGCCUCCUCGUCCUUGCAGACUCCGCGGGCGCCCUGCUCGCCCGCGCGCUCCGCCGGCCCUCCCACCGCCGCGUCAUCUCCGUCGCCGUCGCCGCCUUAUCCCUCGUCUGCAUCUCCCCUUCCCCCUCCGUGACACUAGCGAUUCCCUUUGCCUCCGGCUUCCUCUCUUCUGCCGAGUACUCGGCCACCGCGCGGCAUGCCACCCGCAGUCGUCGCGCUCGCGCGGCGGCCUUUGCACUCGCCGCCGCCUUCCUCUCCGUGCCGGCGCUUGUGGGCCUAUUCUUUCUUGGUGGCAGCGACACCGUCGAUGUGGAUGGAGCAGUGCCGAUCGCCCGGCUCUGGUGGCUGCUCCUUAACGCUGCCGUCUUUGGCGUGGCCUUGCGGCGACAGCAGGAGCACGACGGCGUUAGUGGCAGGCCAAGCAUGGAUUUUGCGAUGGCGUUCGUAUGCACUCUUGUUCUCGAGCUGGUGUACUACCCCAAGAUGUCCUUGCCGGGCUUCUUGAUCUGCGGGUUCCUCUUGUGGAUCGCUAGCAGGGAGCUGGCCCCUGCAGGGUUUGCCAAGCUUGGGAGCGGAGAUGUCUCAGAGUCAGUGUACGAGGCAGUCACGGGGCCUGUCAGGCAUAUCAUGAGUGAGCGGAGGUCAAGGAAGAUUGCUGCGUUUCUGCUGAUUAAUACAGCUUACAUGUUUGUGGAAUUUACCAGUGGGUUCAUGAGUGACAGUCUUGGGUUGAUCUCUGAUGCUUGUCAUAUGUUGUUCGAUUGUGCUGCACUGGCAAUUGGUCUCUAUGCGUCAUACAUCGCAAGGUUGCCUGCGAAUGGAAUGUACAACUAUGGAAGGGGCAGGUUUGAGGUGCUGUCAGGGUAUGUUAAUGCAGUGUUUUUGGUUCUUGUUGGUGCGCUGAUCGUAUUGGAGUCGAUUGAGAGGAUUCUUGAGCCCCGGGAAGUAUCAACAAGUAGCCUUUUGGCAGUUUCAAUAGGUGGACUUGCCGUAAACAUUAUUGGAUUGGUUUUCUUUCAUGAGGAGCACCAUCAUGCUCAUGGUGGUAGCUGUUCUCACUCCCAUUCCCAUUCUCAUUCCCACUCACAUUCGCAUUCGCAUUCACAUCACCAUGGCCAUGAAGAUCACCAACAUCAGGGUUUUAAUCAUAUGAAGGCAUGUUGUGAGCAUCAUGGAGAUGUGAAUAAGAGCCAUCAGCACGAUGACCACAGCAAUAGUAAUAAUGGGGAGAGCAUUCAUAACAACCUCAUGGGUAACACCUGCAAAGAGAAAAAUAGCCAUUGCCACGGCCAUGAGCAUCAUCACCAUGACCAUUUGGAACAUUGCCAUCAGAGUGGAGAUCACUGCUCAGAAGGUCACUCAUCAAAAGCAGAAUUAAGUUCAUCAGGAACUGGAAACCAUAAGAAGUCAGGAAACCAGCAUCACAUUGACCACAACAUGGAAGGAAUCUUCUUGCAUGUCCUGGCUGACACAAUGGGAAGCGUUGGUGUAGUAAUAUCGACCUUACUGAUCAAGUACAAGGGAUGGCUUAUUGCCGAUCCCAUAUGCUCAGUAUUCAUUUCUGUGAUGAUCGUGGCUUCUGUUCUUCCAUUGUUAAGGAAUUCUGCUGAAAUUUUGUUGCAAAGAGUUCCGAGGAGUCAUGAAAAAGACUUGGCAGUAGCUUUGGAUGAUGUUAUGAACAUUGAGGGUGCCCUUGGAGUCGAUAAUGUUCAUGUAUGGAACUUAACAAAUACUGAUAUCGUAGGCACUUUUCAUCUGCAUGUAUCCGCAGAAGCUGACAGAUCUUCCAUAAGAAAUACAGCUUCACAAAUAUUUCACAAAGCUGGGAUUCAGGAUCUGACUAUCCAGAUCGAAUGUAUUAAAAGAUAGCAAUGAAUAUUGAUAGUGUGAUAGGAUUUGGACAUAGAGAGAACAUUUUUAUGGCACUCCACCCAGGAGCCAUCCGCUUCAAAUGUAUCACGAAAGAAAUUUGUUUUUCUCUCUAUAAAAUACAAAUAUGCAUCUUGUCAUUUA